UCUUCACUGCUGUGCACUUCACCCUCUCUGCAAUUAACUCAGUCCUGGAUUCAUUUAUUCUAUUUAUUCAACUAGUCCAUGUGGCGAUCACUAAUACAUGUGUUGAUGUGAUCUACUGACAGCAUUGAAGAGUUGAAACAAGAGAAAAGAGAAAAGUUUAAAAUGAAUUGUCCUUACUCCACAGCUGUGCAGUACUGCCCCGAGCUCCCCUUUCAUCGGCAUAGAGACCCUUCCUCCCGCCUGUCCUGGACAGAGAGUUCCUGCCUGGCCUCCAUUAUGUCACAGAACCAAUCAGGACAGAGCUCUGACAUCCUCAGUCAGGAUGUGUUUAACCAGCUACUGGAGAUGCUGGACCAGUCAGCGUUCCACUCGUCGCAGCCCAUAGAGCUGAACUUCUCAGACAGUCCAGCAGACGAUGAUGAACCAGCAGGGAACACCAUCCAGAUCAGCAUGGACUGCAUCACCAUGCAUGAGGGACAGGAAACACUUUCAUCCCAGUAUACCAACCUGGGACUACUGAACAGCAUGGAUCAGAACAUUCAAAAUGGCGGCUCUACCUCCACCAGUCCCUACAACAACGACCAUGUCCAGAACAACGUAUCAGCUCCCUCACCCUACGCCCAGCCCAGCUCCACCUUCGACGCCAUGUCGCCCUCCCCGGCUAUCCCCUCCAACACAGACUACGCCGGGACACACACCUUCGACGUCUCCUUCCAACAGUCCUCCACAGCCAAGUCUGCCACCUGGACGUACUCUACAGAGCUGAAGAAGCUAUAUUGUCAGAUCGCCAAGACGUGUCCCAUCCAGAUCAAGGUGCUGACCAACCCCCCGCAGGGCGCCGUCAUCAGAGCCAUGCCCGUUUACAAGAAGGCAGAGCACGUCACCGAGGUGGUCAAACGCUGCCCCAACCACGAGCUCAGCCGCGAGUUCAACGAAGGACAGAUAGCCCCUCCCAGUCACCUGAUCCGAGUGGAGGGUAACAGCCACUCCCAGUAUCUGGAGGACUCCAUCACGGGCCGUCAGAGUGUCUUGGUCCCCUACGAGCCACCUCAGGUGGGAACAGAGUUCACCACCAUCCUGUAUAACUUCAUGUGUAACUCCAGCUGUGUGGGAGGAAUGAACCGACGCCCCAUCCUCAUCAUCGUCACCCUGGAAACCAGAGAAGGGCAGGUGCUGGGUCGGCGCUGCUUCGAGGCCAGGAUCUGUGCGUGUCCUGGUCGGGACCGCAAGGCGGACGAGGACAGCAUCCGCAAGCAGCAUGUUACUGACGGAACAAAGACCAGUGAGUGUAUGAAACGUCCCUUCCGCCAGGCCCCCCAUGGAAUCCAGAUGUCGUCCGUCAAGAAAAGAAGAUCCACCGAUGAGGAAGUGUUUUGUCUGCCUAUUAAAGGCCGUGAAAUAUAUGAGAUUUUGGUAAAAAUCAAAGAGUCUCUGGAACUCAUGCAGUUUCUGCCUCAGCACACUGUAGAGUCAUACAGGCAGCAGCAGCAGAACCUCCUGCAGAAACAAUGGGAUCUCUGGGGGGAUGAGAGUAAUGGCCUGUACCCUCCUCUCUCCUGCCCCAGGAGCGCCAUGGCCCCCCAGCCCCAGUACGGGUCCAGCUCCCCUCCUCACCCACACGGCAAGGUCAACAAGCUCCCGUCCGUCAGCCAGCUCAUCAACCCCCAGCAACGCAACAUACUCACGCCUUCCUCCAUGCCCCAAGGCCUGACUGACAUGACUCCGAUGAUGGGACACAUGGCUAUGAACGCUGACAUGUCGACCAUGAGCCCCACACACGUCCUGCAGCCCCAGUUACCCAUGGUGCCCAGCUCCCACUGUACACCCCCGCCACCCUACCCUAUGGACAGCAGCAUCUCCAGCUUUCUUCUGCGACUGGGCUGCGCAGCCUGCCUGGACUACUUCACAGCACAGGGUCUGACCAACAUCUACCAGAUCGAGAACUAUAACUUGGAGGACCUGUCCCGGCUGAAGAUCCCGCAGGAGUUCCAGCACGUCAUCUGGAAGGGUAUCAUGGAGCACCGGCAAAGCAUGGAGUUCUCCCCUCCUCCCCACAUCCUGCGUACCUCCAGCGGGGCCUCCACCGUCAGCGUAGGGUCCUCCGAGGCCCGCGGCGAGCGGGUCAUCGACGCCGUGCGUUUCACCCUGCGCCAGACCAUCUCCUUCCCUCCGCGUGACGACUGGUCCGACUUCUCUUUCGACCUGGACUCCCGACGCAACAAACAGCAGCGCAUCAAAGAGGAGGGUGAAUAGAGACACAACUCUGGCCGGAAUUUCAAUCUAAGUCGAGUUGUCGGGAAAGAAAAAGAUUUUAAAAAAGAAAAGCGCACUGCAACAAUGGGUCUGUAAAAGGUCAUUUCCCUGACGUUCACAGAGAGUCGCUUUUACAAAACGCUGUGGAUGUCAGCUCAAGCAUAUAUAUUAGCUUUUUAAAAAAGUAGAGUGCAGUGCUCUUCUCAGCAAUGCACCUUGAAUUGAAGCCCCUGGCUUUGUCCCCUCUUCAUAUGUCAUAUACACCUUGUUGACCAACCCACUCUCCUAUCACAGUACAGAACUAGGACAUCUCUGCUUUAACGUUCUAAGCUCAGAUAUCCUAAACAGCAAAAUACUAUGCAAAUAAAAAUGCACUUAUUUUUUUGUUGUUGUUAUUAAGCCUUCAUUAGCUGCCAGCUAGAUGAGAGAAAACAGCUAUAUUCUUUAUUUUUUAAAUCAAAUUUCUUGGAGACAAAGCACUUAAGAAAUGCUUUUGUGAUUGCUUUGAUAUUGUUUUAUAGUGUUUAUUAUCCAUUCCAAUGUUAAAGCAUGACUUGAGAGAACUUUUUUUGGGGGGGGGUUUUGUUGUUGUUUUUGGCUGAGAUUCAAUCCAAGGCGCGUUAUAGAACAGGACAUUAGACAGACAAGAUUUUUUUCCCUGACGUUAAGACAUGUAUUUAUGUCAGUGUUUCGCCGUUGACUCACUUGGUAAACUUCUCUCAGCUGCCAUAGGGGUUAGCGUGAGCCAAGCUAAGAAGACUCCUCACAUUUAAAACAGGCGAGUGGCGGCAUCUAUUGGCCAUAUUGGUACCGCACCAAACGCCGCUAAAUACAUGACAAAAUGGAGUCCUUUUAUUAACGCCUGCUGAAGCAUCAAUUACGGUCAUCACUAGUUACCAAAUCAGAAUUAUGGCGAAACCAUUGCUUAUUUCUAUCAUUUAUCUUCUUAAAAUCUGAUUUUAAACCUAAACCCCCCACUGCUGAUAUUAUGCCUAACCUUAAAGACUAAAAAUCACAUUUUUUGUUUUCAUGAACUUUCACGAUAUAUCCAUUUACAUUUUAGUCAUUUAUAGCAGACGCUCUUAUCCAGAGCGACUUACAGUAGUGAAUUCAUAAUUUUUUUUGUCUUCCGUACUGGUCCCCCGUGGGAAUCGAACCCACAACUCUGGCGUUGCAAACACCAUGCUCUACCAACUGAGCCACACGGGACUAUAUCCGUUUUGACUUUGUGGCUGUGGUAACUAGUGACAACCUUAAAGAACUUUUUAAAAGUCCAAGUGUACUAUGCUGCUCUAUACAACACGUUGGGUUGAAUCCCAGUCUCUGCUGCUCAAUACCGGACUGUUAUGGCUGCCUGUUAUUUUCUUUUAAUUCACAACACUGUUUUGACCUGAUUGUAUACACUUCAAGAUACAUAUUUUUGACUUCCUGUCAGAGAGAAGUGUUAAUAACAUGCUGUUUCUACCGUGCCCGUGUUAAACCUCCUCCCUCCGAGAUGUUCAGGAAACCUGGGAAUGUUAACCCUAGUGUUUAGCCAUCGUGUUUAUAAGUACCUAAUGUAUUUCUACGUGAACGAGAACAAUGCAUCAUCAUCACACAAACCGUUGUACCUGAAGUAUUUACGUUAGUGAUUACUCAGUAACUGAAACGAACAAGAAACUCAAUAUGCUCAUAGACCUUGAUGUUGUGACGGCGGUAUCAAUAAACGUGACUGAUUGUGACGGCGGUAUCAAUAAACGUGACUGAUUGUGACAUCAAUAAACGUGACUGAUUGUGACAUCAAUAAACGUGACUGAUUGUGACAUCAAUAAACGUGACUGAUUGUGACGGUGGUAUCAAUAAACGUGACUGAUUGUGGUAUCAAUAAACGUGACUGAUUGUGGUAUCAAUAAACGUGACUGAUUGUGGUAUCAAUAAACGUGACUGAUUGUGGUAUCAAUAAACGUGACUGAUUGUGGUAUCAAUAAACGUGACUGAUUGUGGUAUCAAUAAACGUGACUGAUUGUGGUAUCAAUAAACGUGACUGAUUGUGAUAUCAAUAAACGUGACUGAUUGUGACGGUGGUAUCAAUAAACGUGACUGAUUGUGACGGUGGUAUCAAUAAACGUGACUGAUUGUGACGGUGGUAUCAAUAAACGUGACUGAUUGUGACGGUGGUAUCAAUAAACGUGACUGAUUGUGACGGUGGUAUCAAUAAACGUGACUGAUUGUGACGGUGGUAUCAAUAAACGUGACGGAUUGUGACGUGGUAUCAAUACACGUGACGGAUUGUGACAGUGGUAUCAAUAAACGUGACGGUGGUAUCAAUAAACGUGACUGAUUGUGACGGUGGUAUCAAUAAACGUGACGGUGGUAUCAAUAAACGUGACUGAUUGUGACGGUGGUAUCAAUAAACGUGACUGAUUGUGGUAUCAAUAAACGUGACUGAUUGUGGUAUCAAUAAACGUGACUGAUUGUGGUAUCAAUAAACGUGACUGAUUGUGGUAUCAAUAAACGUGACUGAUUGUGAUAUCAAUAAAUGUGACUGAUUGUGACGGUGGUAUCAAUAAACGUGACGGUGGUAUCAAUAAACGUGACUGAUUGUGAAGGUGGUAUCAAUAAACGUGACGGUGGUAUCAAUAAACGUGACUGAUUGUGACGGUGGUAUCAAUAAACGUGACGGUGGUAUCAAUAAACGUGACUGAUUGUGACGGUGGUAUCAAUAAACGUGACGGCGGUAUCAAUAAACGUGACUGAUCGUGACGGCGGUAUCAAUAAACGUGACGGCGGUAUCAAUAAACGUGACUGAUCGUGACGGCGGUAUCAAUAAACGUGACUGAUCGUGGUAUCAAUAAACGUGACUGAUCGUGGUAUCAAUAAACGUGACUGAUCGUGGUAUCAAUAAACGUGACUGAUCGUGACGGCGGUAUCAAUAAACGUGACUGAUCGUGACGGCGGUAUCAAUAAACGUGACUGAUUGUGACAUCAAUAAACGUGACUGAUUGUGACAUCAAUAAACGUGACUGAUUGUGAUAUCAAUAAACGUGACUGAUCGUGACGGCGGUAUCAAUAAACGUGACUGAUCGUGACGGCGGUAUCAAUAAACGUGACUGAUUGUGACGUGUACGCCUUUCGUAUUGUUCGUGCCCCAAAUGGCACCCUACGCACUACUCGACCAGGGGGUUCUGGGCAAAGGUAGUGCACUAUAUAGGGAAUAGGGAGCCAGCCCUGGUCAGAAGUAGUGCACUCUAUAGGGAAUAGGGGGCCAGCCCUGGUUAAAAGUAGUGCAGUAUAUAGGGAACAUGGCACCAUUUGGAACACAUGCAUUGCCUGCUUGUUCUGCCUCCUAUAUGUAACCUGGUGUACAGUCUGUUGAGAACAUUUCUGGCCAAUAUUUCUCUAUUGCAGAUGAUGCUAGAGACUGUUGUAAUAUUGAUGGAUUUUUUUUUUUUUUUUGGAACCACAUUUUCUAAACGUUAUUAUUAUUGUUACGGUUUAACUUGAUAAAUGGCCAAACCUAUUGAGAUCAUUGUGUACACACACACACACACAGUUAUUUUCUACAUGCUAAGUAUUUUCCCAAAAAGGGUAAUUGACUAAAAACAGUAAGUAUUUUCUGAAUAAGUUUUGUGGUUAAAAGCCAGAACAGUAAAAGGAAUUAGGUUUAUUUGUAUUCAUUAAAAUGAAUAAAUCUGGUCCUCUCACAAGUCAUUGUUGUCAUUGUUGUAAUACUACACACGGUCAGGGGAAUGUUGCCAUAAAACACAGUUCUAUAAAAUGGUACAUCAUUGAGAUGUUAGAGAAACAUGACCCUAGUUUGUUGUCGUUGUCGUCAAGAACAUUGAAAGCAGAAACUAGUACCAUCUAAAAUCGGCUGUUCCUUAUUUUUCUACAAUGUCUUGUAAAUAUAUUGCAAUGUACUUAUUUUGAUAUAAACCAAAAAAUAAAAAUACUGCCUAGUUAUCAAA